AUGGUCCAAAUCUUGACCGUCACCCUCGUCUUCUCCGCCGCUGCCGCCGUCUCUGCUGCACCAGCAAAGAGGCCCUCUAUAAUGAAAAAGUUGCUGCCAUGGAAGAAAGGCCUACUAGCUACUCCGGGAAGGCGUCCCAACUUUCGCCCUCGCCCUCGCGAGUUCGACGAGGCUGAACUCGCGGAGCGCGAGCCAUUCCUUCCUUUGCUCUUUGGUGCUGCCCGCAUCGCCAAGGGUGUCGUUGGCGCAGUCCGCGGCCGCAGAAAGCGGGAUCUAGAGUUCGACGACGAACUUACCCUCCGCGAGUUGGAUGAUAUCUUGGAUGCCCGCAACGAAAUGGAGAUCGAUGCCAGGGAGUUUGAAGACUACGACCUCUACGAGAGAGAGUUCUAUGAUGUGGAAGAACGCGAGAUCGAUGAACUUGACUAA